UUUGACAGAUCACAGUAGUAAAUUGCAUAUUUACAAAAAAAUAACAAUAAAACAAAGAAAAGGAUUAUGUGGGCUUUUUUACCUUAUCCUGCUUUAUUCAAAAUCUUUCAGUACUUAAAUUAUAAAGAUUUAGUGCGUGUAAGUGAAGUUUGUCAUAACUGGUAUGAGGUUAGUCGAGAUGAUUUUCUUUGGAAAGACUUGUUCUUUGAAAACUUUCUUGUCGAUAAAUCUGUACCGAUAGUUUCUGGAAGAACUUGGUAUGAGGAAUUCAAGAGAUUAUUUGACAAUGUUCCAGUGGUCCAAACAGAAACAUUACAAGAUCAUCGACAUCAAGUCCUUCAUGUCAGCUUUUCACACAACGGCAAAUAUUUUGCUACAUGCUCAAAAGAUGGUUAUGUUCUGCUCUGGAACUCCACAUAUCCAGUGGAAAUAAAAUAUUCAAGAGAUAUGAAUAGUUUCUCCUGGAAAUACACACAAUAUUCCCAAUUUAACGAAUCUGAUACUCUACUUCUCGUGUCAGGAGUUCAUUUUGGCACACCUCACAGUACUUCAGGUGAAAUCGCAGUAUUCAACUUACUCGCUGGAUUCGAGUUACAAUGUCGAGUCGUAAACAAGCCAUAUGAUAUUUAUGGCACUUGGUAUAGUGACCAACAUUUACUCUCAGGUGACUUACAUUGGUUAGCACAUUUAGUUAGUACAUCCUCAUUAUGGCUAAAUAAAGCAUCACAAGAGGCUGAAUCAGAGCAUGUCCCCAUCACUCAUAACAUGUUUCGGUUUUAUAACAGAAAUGCUAGCUCAAUUAGAGCAAUAAUGAUCGCCAACUGUCUUCCAAAUUCGGAACAUACAACUGAGACCAAAGAAACCGAAGUUGAAAUCGGCCCAUCUAAACAUAAAAAUAACACAUUUGAACAUGGAAACCCUGUAAGCCACAGGGACAUAAAUGCAGUCCCCUGCACACAUAAUUCUUCCGAAAGUGCUACCUCUUUUGAUGCCAAGAAAGUAACAAGUGGCUCAGAUCUGGGAAAUCCGAUUUGGUAUAAUUCAGAUUAUCGCAAAGUGGAAUCUGAGAAUAUGCUAAUUGAUGACUCUGAGGAGGAAACAGAUGAUGACACUGGCAGAGAUGAUUGUGAUGAUGAAGGUUCUGAAGAAGAUUCGGAUCAGCUCACCCAAAAUGAUAAAUAUUUGAUUUUUACCACGGGAUUUAAAACAUACACACCUCAUCAGAUAGGUUUUAAGCGGAUAAAACCUUUCGCUUUUCCUAAACGUUUGGACCCCGGCCCAUCGUUAAAAGAGCGCAUAAUUCUCCGUGAACGCAAAAGGGAGCUUUUGAAGUCGGGUUCGCCCCCACCGGAACCAAACUGGCUGGAUUUUGAUUCAGUGGCGGAUAAAUUUGACAAAGUCGACCAUGUGAUCGAUUUACAUGGUCAUAUCGUCGGAAUGGGGCUCAGUCCUGACCACAGAUACCUCUACGUCAACAGUAGGUCGUGGCCUGAAGGCUACAAAAUAUCGAAUCCUUUGGAUCCACCACCAAUCGCACAAGAGAUCGACAUCCAUGUGAUCGAUUUAGUGACUCUGAAACAAGUUGGUACUAUGCUACGAGCACACAAGGCGUACACUUCAAAUAGCGAAUGUUUUUUUAUAUUUUUGGAUGUUUGUAAUCAGUACGUGGCUAGUGGUGCUGAAGAUAAGCAUGGGUAUUUGUGGGAUCGACACUACGGCAUGUGUUUAGUUAAAUUCCCUCAUUAUGAUGUGGUUAAUUCCGUAGCAUUUAAUCCCAAAGACCCCGAAAUGUUGGUAACCACAUCAGAUGAUCACAUAAUUAAGGUGUGGAGGUCUAGGGCAAAAGUUCGAGAACUGAAAUUAAGUGAAACGCAGUUUCCUAAAGGUGUUGAGUUUAGGCGAAGUCGAACGAAAGAUAAGUUGAAACGGCAAUAAAUGUGUCUUCAUGUAAACAUAAAUUCAGUGUUUUGAGUGUAACAUAAUUGUAUUUUAUAACUUCUUAGUUAUCCGUCCAAAUAUGAAGGAGUGUUUUUAUGACUAACAACCUUGAAUAUACCAAUAAGAAAAAGAAUAAA